UAUGAGAAUAUACGUGAACGCGGAGGAGUAGCGGGGGUUCUUCUCCUCCUGUGAGCGGAAAAGGCGUCACGGCGGGCGCGGAGGACGGAAGAGAGAGGGACGCAUCGCGGACAGAGACCGAGGGGACGGAGGGAGGAGGCGACAGCGGCUCGUAAACACGACGGAAAACGGCGAUCAGCGCGGCAGAAAGCGGCUAUCACCCCCCUCCAUCUCCCGCCUGGCACCACCAGCACCACCGACACUGCUGCCACCCCCAAGUCCCUUCGCAUCAUUCCUUCUCCAUCCUAUUUUUGUACGUUAUUGCUGUUUGGUUUUUGCACCGCGGUGUGGCUCGGUGCUUUCCGUGCCUCUGCUGUGAUUGUCUGUGGGGCGAACCGCUGCUCGUGUCUGUCGGAGGAGCAGCAUCAGGGGCUGAGCUAGGAGAGGAGGCUGUGAGCCAUCACCGCGACCCAUAGGAUCCCCCCGCCCACCCCCAGUCGGGUCCAGCUUGGGACGAUUAUCUGCACAUCCGAUCCGGCGGAUAAAGGAAAAAAACAAAAACAGCGAAGGCGAGAUGACCGCACAGUAACCCGCCUUCAGCAGAGUGAGAGAGAGACCCCGGCCCGGUUAUCAGCCAGUCUCCAGCAUCACCGAUGCGAUGGCAUAGUGGCUUCUGCAGUGCAACCGACAGGCUCGACUCAGAUCAGCAGGGCUCUCAUCCACCAUGACCCUCUGAAAGACAUCCGACACAGGCACAGAUGGGAUGAAAAUGCGGCGGCACAGGGUGUUCUUGCUGUGCACGGUGGGCCUGUGUGUCAUCUCCUUCCUCCACUACUACAAGGCCCUCCAUUACGUCUCCCUGCUGCGGGAGCUCUCGGCUCCAUACCCCAACAUCAAGUCCUUCAUCAUGGUGACCGGCUUCUUCUGGAGGGAGAAGGGUAUGGCCACCACCCCGCUCAGCCCAGCUUCUCCUGAAGAGGCCCCCCCUCUACCCGGUCUCCGGCAGUCAGAUGCCAAAGCUAGAGGUGUGCCGGGUCUCGGGGGAGGAGGCGGAGGGGAAGGAUUUGGCCCAGGGAUCCCGGAGGCCAUAGCUGGAGGUGGAGAUGAGGAGAUGAGGCAACGGGAGGAGCCAGCACCACCACAUCCUUGGGAGAAACCAAAGGAAAACCAGCUGGGAGACGCAGCAAAUGAGAUUAGAGCUGAGGACCGCUUAAAGCGGUGGAAUCCCGCCCACCCUGCACAGCCCGAGAGGCUAGACCUUCCACAGGAACCAGCAAGAAAAGAGCAUCAAUUCAGGGAUCCCAUAGAAUCCAUGGGAGACCUCCAUACUCGCACUUUCCAGCUUCAAGAUGACAAAACCCCUUACUUUGUGCGCACCAAAGCUGGAGCCCUUUGCUUCAGGCAGGGGACAGAGGUAGCUACUCCUAAAGAGUACUAUGGAAAAUCAGGGGGAUCUGCGGCUAACGGAGCAGUUGGUCGGGCUGUUGCUGCCGGCCAACGGAAACCUCUGGAGCUCCAGCAGCAGCCCACCAUAGUGCCAAAGGUCAAAGCUCGGGCCAAGGGCAACGGGAAGCGACUGGUCAAGUGCGUUUGUCGGCCUGGGUGGCACGGACCUUACUGCGGGGUUCCCACAAUGGUGUACCACUCCAAUCUGCCAACUAAGGAGCGGCUGACGCCCAGAGAAACCCCGCGGAGGGUGAUCAACGCCAUCAACGUCAACCACGAGUUUGAUCUGCUGCACGCACGCUUUCAUGAGCUCUCAGAGGCCGUGGAUUUGUUCCUCGUGUGCGAAUCGAACUUCACCGCCUACGGAGAGAAACGGCCUCUCAGUUUCCUGCGGCUCCUUCUAAACGGCACCUAUGACUACAUACGUCACAAGAUCCUGUAUGUGUUCCUCAACCACUUUCCGGAUGGGGGUCGGCAGGACGGCUGGAUCGCCGAUGACUACCUGCGUACCUUCCUGACGCGCAAUGGCAUGUCCAGGGUGGUCGGUGCGCGAUCAGACGAUGUUUUCGUCAUCAACGAUGCCGACGAAAUCCCAGCACACGAAGGACUACUUUUCCUCAAGCUGUUCGACGGGUGGACAGAGCCUUUCGCCAUCCACAUGCGCAAGUCGUUGUAUGGCUUUUUCUGGAAGCAGUUCGGGUCUCUGGAGGUGGUGUCAGGCUGCACGUUGAGGAUGCUGCACGACGUGUACGAUGGCGACGGCAUCAAACUGCGCCGUCGCGAAUAUUACACCAUGCCGGGUUUCCGCAAAUACGAGAAUGACACUGGCCACAUCCUGGUGCAGUGGUCGGUGGGAAGCCCCUUCCACUUCGCAGGGUGGCACUGCUCCUGGUGCUUCACGCCCGAGGGGAUCUACUUUAAGCUGGUGUCGGCGCAGAACGGAGACUUCCCGCGGUGGGGCGACUACGAGGACAAACGCGACCUCAACUACAUCCGCGAUCUCAUCCGGACUGGCGGCUGGUUCGACGGCUCGCUGCAGGAGUAUCCCCCAGUGGACCCCAAAGAGCACAUGUACGCCCCCAAGUACAUGCUGGAGAACUACGACAGGUAUCGCUACCUCUUGGAGAACCCUUACAGAAAAGAGUCCAGAGCCAAUGAAGGCUAGGUGUCAGGUGGCCCAAAAAAUUAAAAUAAAAAACAUAUGUGAAAAAAAAAAAAAAAACGCUCGUAGGGCCCAAGUGAUUUUGGGGGGUGGAACGAUACUGAUGAACUGCUUCUCUCAUUGGAGUGAAACUAAAUGUAUCUCCACCAGGCAGCACUGAUGCUGCUCUUUAAAGUCAUUACAUUGGGGUCAGAAAAAAAGGGAACACUGAAUCACAUCCGUGGAUUUUGAGAGAGAGCUUUGAGAUGAGAGGAUAAUAACCACUGGAUAAACAGAAUCUUAGAUUUCCUCAUUCCUCCCCUUUUCCGGGAGGCCCAGAGCUAUCUCUCUAUUUGUCACCCGUCCUUCCUUCUGUCACCCACCGAUUCGACGCGCCUGUUCUCUGAGAGAAAAUGGCAGCAAGAAAAAGCCAGGGGUCUUUCGCCGGCAGGUGAAACCUCUCCAUGGAUCUGACAAACUCUGAAGGGAAGGACCGUUUUGGUUCUGUCUGUGUUUACUGAAGUUUACAGAUUGACCGAUGUUCCCACUUCACUCUCCACCUCCAGAUGUCUUCCUGUCAUAUUUGGUAACCUCCUUCCAGACAUAAACUCCUGCUCAGAUACUUUCAUUGCUCCCGAGUGUUGGUAGGACAUUACAGAAACCUGCUUUAACCCCCCCCC